AUGGCAUAUCAACUACUCCUCCUCCUCUGGGUCCUAUGGUCAUUCUGUGCCUUCGCCAACGUGGAGAAGGUCAUUUUUCUCGCUCCUCCCGCUGAAGAACUGCCCCAAGAUGCGAGUAUCGACAAUCUGUUUCUGACACGCCUGUCGGAACAAUACUCAAGUGUCAGAACUCAAAUCAAUGCAAGCUUCCCCAGCGCAGACUCCCCUAAGGGAACUGAGAGCUGGUUCUUGCUUGAAGGUCUUCGCCCCGGGGCACGGUAUGAGCUUCGAAUAUGUUGGCUGGCAACUCAACCUACAUCCUUCUGGCUCUAUACGCACACUCUGGACCAUACCUUCGCGACUCCCGACCUUCUGAGUUCACUGAGUGCCUACGCUUAUGCCCGCCAUGCACAGCUUGAUUCUGAGGAUAGUCAGAGACUCCUGCUCCGGAAGGUCAAGGUUCCUACAAGCGACAUCGGGUCAACUUUCCUCUUUCUCCAGGUGGUCGCUGCGGCGGACUACUUUAGCUUGAACCAGACUCUGAUGGAGAUCGUGCCCCCAGUGGCUGUGGACCGGGAGCGUGGUCCCUCUCCGGCUGGAUUUCAAGGCUCUUGGCCAGCCCUGCGGUACAGCAGGUUCAAUUGCGAGUAA